AUGGUGCUGGAUUAUCAGCAAGCGUUAAAAACUGAUAUUCCGCUGCAUCUGUUUCGUAUGAACUUUGACAUUUGGCAUGGUUCUGCUGAAGUUCCGCUUUGUUCAUCCGGUUAUUGUUGUGCAGAAUGCCUGGCGAAUUCGGAGGUAUUUGAUACAUGUAGCAGUUACCGAUGCCUGAAUGAUGCAGUGCUUAGGAAGUACGAAUUGCAGUCAGAGAUUGUCACCUGGAGAGGAACAACCAAUGUGCUAUAA